UAAAAGCCCCGCGUUUGGCCUGUCAUCAUCAGCAGUUGCAAUCAAUUCAGCAAUCACAGCAAACCCCCAAAAACCCAUCCAAAGAUGUUCAAAUUCGUCGCCUUCUUUGCCUGCCUGGCUGUGGCCGCCGCUGCUCCCGGCCUGAUUGCCGAGACCCACUCGAUUGUUCAGCCGGCGAUUCUUGCCAAGACCGCCUACGUGGACACCAGCGCCUCCUCGGCCAUCACACACCAGAGCAACGUGAACCUGGUACGCAAGGUGCCAGUGGUCUACUCCGCCCCGGUGGUUCAUGCUGCCCCGGUGGUUCAUGCUGCCCCGGUGGUUCAUGCCGCCCCAGUGGUUCAUGCCGCUCCCCUGGUCAAGACUGUGAUCCCUGUCGCUCCCGUCAUUAAGACUGUGGUGCCCGCAGCUCCUCUGGUCCACACUGUCGUCCCUGCCGCUCCUCUGGUCAAGACAGUCAUCCCAGCUGCUCCCAUCAUCAAGACCGUGAUCCCAGCUGCCCCUCAGGUCCACACUGUCCACAGCGCUCCAGUGGUGUACUCUGUCUACCACAAGUAAAUGGAUUGAAAGCGAGCUCACAUGGUUACGAUAAGUUUGUUUAACGAGAAAAUAAAAAAAAAAUGCAAAUUCAAUUUAACUAUGAUUUUUUUAGAUAGUUAUAAAAUAUUAUAGCUUUAAAAAUUCCGUAACCUAAUUGCUCCCACUUACAGGCCUUGAUUUAAAAGAAGAGAAGACGAUAUAGUCGAUUUGCUCAA